AUGGGGUCGGAACCGAUAUUUGCUGAAAACACGAUUCACAUCUUGACCUCUGCAGACACAUCAGCCACUGCACCACCACCAAGAGGUACCGGCGUCCGUCAAUCAUCAAUGUAUCGCUCCUUCACACCGAGAGCCUUGAUGGCAGGCUGUCCGGCGUCUGGCACCUCGGACAGCUUCAAUUACACGCCGAUGUUUUCCUUCUACGAAGUCAUACUGCAGUGCAACAAGUUCCAGCAGGACGUCGGCUCGUUGUACGAAUUCUGGGUCUUGGACCAUGCCCAUCCCGUCGGAUACAUGCUUCCCGAGUUCGUCAGGCCCAUGGUGUGGAACACGGUCGGCUUCGAAGUAAACGACAAGAAGCGAAGAGUCCAUCUGAAACCCAGGAGGCAAAAGGGCGAAAGCAUUCUCCAGGCUUGCCAGAGGGAAUUCAUCACGCUCUGCCGAUCAAACACCUCCAAGGUGGACGGGGUGAUGAAGUGGGUUGCGGCAUGGGACAAGAGCGGCGACGCGGAGCAUCAUCCCAUCAGGGGUCUUGGUUCGCAUCUCACUGGCCUCAAGGUGCCUUCACCUCUUCGGGGAGUUUUCGGCAUCGUCACUGCCGGAACGCACAUGAACAUGUUCACGGUCAAGGAUGACGGAGGCCAGCCCAAGAUCCAUGUCUGGGUGGCCAAGCGGGCAGAAAAUGUCACGUACGCGGGGAAACUCGACCAGCUCGUGGCUGGCGCCAUGGGACCCGGCGACAACAACGAUCCCUUGAAAACCCUCUGCCGGGAGGCCACGGAAGAGGCCGGGCUGGUGGUCAACAUGGAAAACGGGCGGGUGACAAAGGGUGGAGAGCAUGUUGGAGUUGUCCUGCAGGGUCCGCAGAUCUCUUUCUUCGACAAGAAGGAUGGCAUUGCUGGCAGCGAGCAUGGGCAGCUGGAACCGGGAGUCCGCUUCAUUUUUGACCUCGAGGUAGCCCCGGGCUUCGUGCCCGAGCCCGGCGAGCCCGAGUCCAUAGCCGGAUUCUUUCUCAAGACUGUCGACGAGGUCAAGAGCGAUUUGAAGCAAAGGAAAUGGAAGCCGAAUAGCGGGCUUGUCAUGUUAGACUUUCUCUUGCGCAAGGGCCAGAUACAACCCGAGGAGGACAAUUUCUAUGGGCGAUUGAAGCCAGCCCUGCAACGGCAAUUGCCGUUUGCUAGAAUAUGA